GCUCGGUCUCCGGCUCCGGCUUCGGCUCCUGCUCCUCCCGGCCGCCCGGGGCCAAGGCGACGUGAGGUUGUAAAAAUCCAUGUGGGACGGCCCCAGGGCGAGCAGCGGAAAGGUCUCUGAGUGAAGUUAUUUUCUGGUACAGACUGUGAAAAGAAUGCAGUGAAAAUUCUGGACAAUCGUGGAAAUAUUAGCUCAAAUCCCAACUUAGUAUAGCAUUUCUUCUCUUCAGUAACACCUCAUAAUUGAAGAAAAAUGUAUGGAAGUGCAAGAACAAUCACCAAUCUGGAAGGUAGCCCUUCCAGAUCCCCUCGUUUGCCAAGGUCUCCUCGUUUGGGCCACCGAAGAACAAGUAGUGGGGGAGGUGGAGGAACAGGCAAGACUCUGUCUAUGGAGAAUAUCCAGUCCCUCAAUGCAGCCUAUGCUACGUCUGGACCCAUGUACCUGAGUGAUCAUGAAGGGGUGGCUUCAACAACUUACCCAAAGGGCACAAUGACUCUGGGAAGGGCUACAAAUCGAGCUGUGUAUGGAGGCCGUGUCACAGCCAUGGGGAGUAGUCCCAAUAUUGCUUCUGCUGGACUUUCCCACACAGACGUCCUUUCAUACACAGAUCAACAUGGUGGUCUGACUGGCUCAUCCCAUCAUCAUCACCACCAGGUCCCCUCCAUGUUGAGGCAGGUAAGAGACAGCACAAUGUUAGAUCUUCAGGCCCAGCUGAAGGAACUGCAGAGAGAGAAUGACCUCCUCCGGAAAGAGCUUGACAUCAAGGACAGCAAGUUGGGAUCUUCCAUGAACAGUAUUAAGACCUUCUGGAGUCCUGAGCUUAAGAAGGAGAGAGUCUUGAGGAAAGAAGAGGCAGCACGGAUGUCUGUCCUCAAGGAGCAGAUGAGGGUUUCCCAUGAAGAAAAUCAGCACCUACAGUUGACAAUCCAGGCCCUUCAAGAUGAGCUGCGAACCCAGAGAGACCUCAACCACCUCCUUCAGCAAGAGAGUGGCAACCGAGGAGCAGAGCACUUCACCAUCGAGCUGACUGAGGAGAACUUCAGGCGGCUCCAAGCUGAACAUGACAGGCAGGCUAAGGAGCUGUUCCUUUUGAGAAAGACAUUAGAGGAAAUGGAGCUGAGAAUUGAAACGCAGAAACAGACCCUCAAUGCCCGAGAUGAGUCAAUUAAAAAACUUCUGGAGAUGUUGCAAAGUAAAGGCUUGCCGUCCAAAAGCUUGGAGGAUGACAAUGAGCGAACGCGGCGGAUGGCAGAGGCUGAGUCUCAGGUCAGCCACUUGGAAGUGAUUUUAGACCAGAAAGAGAAGGAAAACAUACAUCUUAGAGAGACGGUGCAGCAGUGGGCAGGCAAGGGUUGUCAGCAGGAGGAGCUGGUGUUGAGGGAAGACUUAGAAUGUACUGAGUUUGAUGAAAUCCUGGUGGAGCUGUGCAGCCAAGGUUGGGAAUGUGGGUGA